AUGUUUAUUGAGUAAUAUCAAGAAACUAUAAAUUAAUAGUUGAAGCUAAGUAAAGUUGUACCAAUUACAAUAAAUCCGAAGAAUAUUUUGAGAUCUCUUCUUGUUGCAGAUGACAAAUUAGAUGAUGAGCAUCUCUAUUAAAAUUAUUGUAGAAAAUAAGAAUUAAUUAUCAACAAUAUGAAUGAGGAUAAUGCAUAUGUAAUUUUGAACAUAUGUACAUUAAUAAAAUUGUCUUUUGACAAAAACAAAGAAGCUACUAAAGAAGAGCUAAAAGAAAUUGUUUUAAAUCAAAUAAAAGUAGAUUGUGUAAAUUGGCCAUAAUUUAAAUAACCUAGAUGGCCUGAAUAUUUAGAAUAUUUCAAUAAUUUAAGUUAAAGUCUAAUAAAUCAUACAUAUAAGUUGAUUGAAAGUAUUGUUAUAGAUUUAACAACAAAGCCAUUUGAGUGUUCAGAAUUUCAUUAAUAUAUGACUGACAAAUUAGAAUAAACAAUGUCUUUUUUUUCAUUAGAAAUGAGUGAUUUUGUAAGGGUGCCUAAUAGUGAUAGCUUAUAUUGGGACUUAAAGAAAUAUUUCAAUUCAACAAUAUAAAAUAUUCAUUUAUACAUAAAUAGAACAUCUUUAUUUUGUAAUACUUAGAUGGAAUUUUUAAAUGAAACACUCACGAAAUAUCAUACAUUGGCUAAUAUUAGAACAUAUUAAAUAUUAUAAACUGAAACAUCAUAAUAUAUAAUAUCAUAAUGUCAUGUAUCACUUAAAGAAAUGACAUUUAAUAGAAUUGAAUUUUUGAUAUUUGAGAAAGAUUUAGUAAAAUCUGUAAUAAGACAUUUUUAUGAGUAUAGUAAAUUGAAUUUAGGAGUAUAUUAAAUGUCUACAUUAACAUAAACAUUUUAAGAUGCAAUACAUAUGCGUUAACUUUUGGAUGAAGAUUGUAAUGUUUAAGUAAAUUUGGAUUCAAAAUUAUUUGAUUAAGAUGGUGAUUGUUUAAAAUAUAAGACUUGGUUAAAUUAGAAGAAGGCAAUAUAAUCAUAGCAAAUGUUGACAGGAGCAUCAGUGGUAGGAGGAUCAAUAGGUGCAGGUUUAGGUUGUUUAAUAGUAGAUAGUGUUGAUCCAAAGAUUCCUUGGGAAGAAAAACUAAAAAGAGCAGGAGUUAGUUCAGUAGCAACAGGUUUAGUAGGAGCAGCUAUGCGUAUACCUGUUAUUGGAACUAUGUUAUCUUAGGCUUUACUUUUUUAUGCAAUUAAAUUAACAGCAAAUAAUAAAGUGUUAGAUAAAAACGAGAAAAUGAAGAAUUUAGCACAUAUUGGAGUUUAAAGUUCAGUUGGUAUAGGUUCAGCUGUAGCUGGAUAAAUAUUAAUUCCUAUUCCUGUUUUAGGUGCUAUUAUUGGAGGAACUGUUGGAGGUGUUGCUAUGAGCUUAUAUAGUAAGUUUUUUGUUCCUAAAACUAAACAUUCUAUUAAAAUUAUGAUCAAUGAUUUAAUUGAUAGAUAACUUGAUGAUGGAUUAUUUGUUUAUGAUGAAUAAGUCUUUAAAAUCAUGAGAAUCAAUCAAAAACAUUAUUUUUGUUGCAAACCUGACAAAUAUACUGAUUCUUAAUGGCUUACUAUUUUAAUGGUCUAUUUAGUCAAUGAAAUUCAUUAUCUAACCAAUAUACAAGGAUUGGAAAAAAUUAGAGAAUUAUAAGAGUAAAUGGAAAAAAAACCUAAAGAUGAAGUUAAAUGUGUUAAAUAAAUUAGAGAAAUUGAAGAUGAAUUAGAAUAACUAGAAAUAAUCAGUCUUAAAUUAGAAAAGUCGAGAAAUUAUAUUUAAGUAUAAGAAAUUAAUACUUUACAAAUUGCUACUUAGAUAGGAGAGUUUAUCAAUGGCAUGAUUGCUAAUUUUAAAUUAUGA